AGCAAGCUUGUCGUCGCUUCGAGAUCCGUAGUAACGACGUGGGACGUGGAAAGGAUUGUGAGAGGCGAGACCUCACCAACGCACUCGUUCACAAUAGAUCAAUCAAGCAUCGUUGAUGUACAAGCGAAUACUGGAGACAAUCCUGGACUCGUCGCCAUUUUGACGACUAGCAACUCGCCCGAAAACCCUUCGGUCGUCGUGCUCUACAACUGUGUGACGAAUACCGAAGUUGUCAGAUGGAGUGGUCUGAUCCGAGAAGGAAAUGCCCCAUUAGCUAGCAAACAAAUCGCCAUUGGGAUAUCAUCAGGCGACAUUCUACAAUACAGUCCCACAGAGCCCGCUGUUGCCAAAGGGACCAUUCCUCGGGUUCAAAGUCCCAAUCUGAAUGGCACGGUCCCAUAUCUAUUACAAUGGCUCUCCAACAACAUAUUUCAUAUCGUCUAUGCCGAGCCCAAGCCUGAAGGAGUCAUGGAGGAACAUCUACCGGACCAGUAUAAUUACAUUGUCCAGUUUGACAAACGGACGAAUCACGUUACCGACAUAUGGAUUGACCUGCCUUGGGAACCGUAUGGUCUAGCCAGAGAUCCAGGGCAUCAAGUAUCGAGUCUACGUGAUUGGGGUCGCUUCAAAUAUCUUUGCUUUGUCAACGAUGCUCAUGCCAACGAUGUGGGUAUCAUUGGGUGCAUAGGCGACUCUACAAACGCGGAAGACGCGGGAACAUGGAGCAAGAUCUCCCUAGGUGAAGACUCUAUCACUUUCCCAUUAUCGUCAGAUAUGGACGAUACUUCCCUUAUCGGUAUGGCCAUGGACCUUUCUGCAAAGACCAAACUACUGGCGUCAAACCAAGCGAAUGGAGAUGAUCCCGCUAUUCCACCGGCACCUAUAUUAUACCUGUAUACGAAUGACUGUGUAGUAGUUGCAUUCCACGUGGUUAAUGAGGACCCGGUUCCUUAUCCAGGUAUGGCUACUGCAGCUGGCGCAGCCUUCGACCAGGAUAUGGAUGUCGGUACCAGCCAAAAUACUGCCGCAAAUUCGGAAAGAAUGUCUACCGCGGCGCCCACUCCAGGCCAUUUGGGCAAGGUGGAUUUGGAUUUAGUUCUAGCGCUGCCCCCAAAUUUGGGUCAUCAGGUUUCGGAUCAGCUUCUUGUAAGUGUUUAUCAGACCCAUUGUCAUGCUUUGGCUAAUAACCUCUUAGCCCAAAGUCCCUUUGCUGCCGCCGCCGCUGCUGCAGCAAAUCCAGCGUCGAGUGGCCCGACAUUAGGCUUUGGAGCCUUUGCUUCGGCUAAACCCACCUUUGGUCAAUCAGGCUUUGGAUCAACUCCCUCCAACUCUACUGCGGGCACGACAACUUCUGCCUUUGGAAGCAGUGGUUUCGCAUCAUUCGCCAACAACAAACCUGCCUUUGGCCAAAGCUCAUUUGGUGCUACUUCCUCAACAAGUGCGACUGACAAAGGCAAAACUGAAACCCCUCCUAAUCCAUUCGGAGCAAACAAACCCGCUGCUCCUGCGUUUGGACAAUCAUCAUUUGGUGCACCUUCUACCUCGGCAUCUACAGAGCAAGCCAAACCGGCUUCAACUGGCUUUGGUGGGUCUACUACCCCUGCCCCUACCCAGUCAGCCUUUGGCGCCCCUACUGCGCUAGGUGCCUCCACUUUCAAAGUAGGCUCAGGGUUUGGCGCCUUCUCAAACCAAAAUACGGGGGGCGGCUUCAGUGCCUUCAGCAACAACCCGAAACCGAUUGAUUCACAAUCUAAGCCGGGCGCCUUUGGGGGGGCUGUAGCCCAGGCACCUGCAACUGGAGGUCCUGCAAAGUCUGGAUCAGAUGCUGCAGCAACGCCGGGUCAACCUAAAUUUGGACAAAGUGCCUUUGGACAGAGCAGCUUCGGACAGACUGCAUUUGGGCAGAGCUCGUUUGGACAAAGUGCAUUUGGUACUGCUGCAAAAUCGCCGUUUGCCACGGCAGCCUCUUCUGCACCUCGUGCCUCGUCGAGUACAGGAAGUGGGUUUAGUGCCUUUGCCAGCUCCGGCACAGGAUUCGGAUCUGUGGCUGCUACCAAGAGUGAUACUAAGACUCCUGCUUAUCUCCAAGGAUCAUCCGAUAGCCUCAAACCCGCGACAGAACCAGCUUUGGGUCCAUCACAAAAGAAUAGUACCGGAGCAGCUCCAAAGUCAAUGUUUGGAAGCAAUGCAGCCGUCUCGCAACCUGGCUUUGGCGCUCGUGGUACCAGAGAGAAGACCGAUCAAGAGGAUGAUGAGGAUAAUACUACUGGCGCCAAGGAAAAAUUCCCGGAAGAGGAUGCCGACAAACUAGAACCAGUUACAAGAUAUAACGGCCCAGGUUUAUUCGCCGUCAAAUCAGAUGAGAAAGGCCCUUCCUCGAGCGGACUUGGGGGGUUGGAUCUGAAAGAAAUAAAUUCAUCGACAUCUAGCUCGCAAUUGGCAUUCGGUAAAAAGAUUGCUCCUUCUGAUGCCGCCGCUUCAGCUACAGCAGCUUUCAAACCUACUCAAGCAACUGCUCCAUCCUCGACUACUCCAGCGAGUAGUCCCACUCCAGCUGCCCCGAUGCCGUCACUCCUUUCUCGUAUUGGACCUUCCCGAGCAGAAUCAGCCUUUUCAAGCACACCGACUAAAGGCAACCCUAGUACAAGUCAGCAAACUGAAGAGGAACCCGGCAGCGAGGAAGAACCCGAAGGAAGCGUAGACCUUGAGGAUGAUGUCGAUGACUUCUUGGAAGAUGAUGGGCUGGAAGGAAAUCAGACCCAGCCGGCUGCUGAAUCCAAACCGACCUCUACAACUCCCCUUUUCAAUCCUUUUGGGCGUGGGCCUAGUGCUGUGGCUCCGGUGACGCCUUCUACAUCCAAGGGCACCGAUAUCUCGCGAGUGGCGUCCGACAAACCUACUGAACGAGAAACGACAAAGGGCCAGACGAUCCCUUCAGAACUCCCUCCGCGUCUGCUCCCUCAAGAAAUGCAGAGACAACAGCGACUGGAAGACCAAGCGCCCCGCCUAUCUCAUCUG